UUUCAGCUGGAAUUUUAUGUCUUAGUGGAAAUUUAUGGGAAACGUUUGUGUCCGUUGAAUUUGACGCAGGAUGUGUUCAAGUUGGAUUGUAAACAGUUUCUGUGUUAUAGUUGGACUUGUGAUAUCGUUAAAACUCUGUUCGUCCGUUGCCUAUAUUGACGAUGACGAUUGCUUAUCGCGAGGACGAAACUGCACCUGGUGUCUGAACGAUGGAAACUGCGGAUUUUGCGACAAAUGCGGUGAUCAUUGCCACAAACCUGGGGCGAUCCAUUCUUUAGAGAACUGUACAAACUGUGCUUCGUGUAUUCCUGGCAAUCUUGCGGGUUCAAAGAAAGGUUACGAUUGCAGAGCAGAAUGGUAUUAUUAUGAGAAAUGCCCAGAGGUUGUUAGUGAGCAGAAGACUGUGUAUGUUGAGAUUGCUCUUUAUCUUAUAAAUCUCCAUUCUGUGGAUUUAAAGGCUGGAACCUUUCAUGCUGAUUUCUAUCUGUACUUCAAAGUACCUGAAGGACAGACAAUGUAUACAAAACAGAAAUGUAAAGAUGGUCUUAGAGGAGCUUGCUUUGAGCUUGUAAAUGCUGCUGGUCAAGCAGAGGUCUCCAGCCAUGAAGGAAAGUAUUUCAGAGUGAAAUCAGCUUUUAACUUUGCAGCAGAUCUUCAGGACUAUCCCUAUGACAAUCAAACACUGAAAAUUGUAAUACAAGAUAUGGAAAUGACUGCAAAGGAGCUUAGAUGGAAAGUUAUGCAGGGAUCAGAUGACAGUGAUUUCAAAUUCCGGGGUGGAGUUUCACCAACACUAAACUAUACUGGCUGGUUAUUUGAUACCAACUCUUGGUCACAGAUGGUUUAUGAAAGGUACAACCCGUUUUUGGACCAAGGAGUGUCUCGCUAUGAAUUUUUAUUUCACAUGAGGAGACACAAGCGUGCAGCGUUUUUCAAGAUAUUUUUACCUCCUCUUUUUAUAGUGCUUGUAGUCUGUUUUUCAUUUUCUAUUCCACCAAAUGACGCCUCAAUGCGAUUGUGGAUCGAUGGUUCACUUUUGGUGUCUGCUGUUAUGUUUCAUGCCACUGUCAGUGAACAAACACCUGAUACACCGGAGUUAACUUUGGCUGAUCGCUUUAUGGUCGGAGUCUAUGGUUUUAUUUUCGCUUCAUUCAUUGUUACAAUAGUGAUGUUAAGACUUCAACGAGAAAACUACUAUUACUAUGCUGAUACAUUCUAUAGCUACACAGAAUGGCUGGUGUGGUUUACAGCGCCGACGUUCUUCUUCUUCCUCUAUUACGUGAAUUCAUCGCUUGAAAAUGUACUGCUUUAUGAAGUCCUUGUCGCUGUUUUGUCUCUGAUACUCAACAGAUUUGUCUCGUGUCUCAAAUCCCGUUUGUUCAGGUUACUGAAGUUUGACACAUCAUCAGGAACGAAUUGCCAAUCUCCGCUGGAAGAGAGUGUUAACCAGCGAGGCGGUGGAUAUUUCAGACUAACACAAGAUGAGGAGUCAGAGCUGCAAUCACAUGCAGCAGUGUGCAAGCCUUGCUUUCCUGGUAACCGUGACAACACAUGUGAGGAGCCCUGCCCAAAACAGCAACCCACACCCAAUAAGAAAGCUUGAUAAAGAGUUCCAAACAUGAAAGGAUUCAGCACAAAUAUCGUCCUUGGAGCCGUGACCAAUUUGUUUUAUUUUGUUGUUAGUUUUAUCGGCAAAUCAGAUUCUUAAUCUCGCAGCCAGACCUACCCUCUGGGAACGAAGAAUUAUCUUUUACUAUAUCAAGAUCAUAAUAUUCCCGCGGUGAACUUUAGUCCACUGGAUUGACUGAAUUGUGCUGGUGAGAAGUCACACCGCCCCUUGGAUUUGGAGGAUUUGAGGACAUAUUUUAUUCUCACAAAGCACGAGAACCUACGUAGAUUUACCAGAUCUAGCCUGAGCUUAGAUUAUCUUUUUCUUCCUGUUACACAAUGGUCUUACAAUUUUAUGAAUAGUUGAACCUUACCUACCCUCUGCUCCCAUGUAUUAGCCAAUACCUGAUGUCAUUGCACAAGAUCGGACAGGAAAAUUUGAGUGGCAUGAGAUUUCAAAUAACUCAAGAAAAAUAAGUGUUUAUAAGCUUCAUUCAUUCAAUUAAGAAUUUGCACUUGUGAUAUUUUGUUUUAAUCAGAUAAAAAACGUAAGUUUACACUUUUCCACUUUUCUCCAAUCUCAGUCUCUUACUUAACUCAAGCAGACAACACGUAAUAUAUACAAGUCACUAUGUUAAUAUAGACGCGCAAGAUAAGA